AUGGACUCCUGGAGUGAAUGCAAAGGCGAGUGGCGGAAGUCCGCAUUGUUUUUGAAGAUGACCAGCCGCUCGUCGAGCUCCAGCUUUGGCUCGAGGCGCUGGCUCACACGCAACCAAUUGGUUGCAAAGUACAACGAUCAAAGCAUGGCAGAUGCAAUCUGCAACGGCAAGUUGGGAGACGAGGAGUUGAAGAAUACACACACGAAACCCCAUCCAGAUGCCCCGCAGAAUGAGGAUCUUCGACUAUUCCUCGUAUGGGAUGCCGAGGGAGAAGAGGACCGGGAAGACACGGCAGUCGAAGAAUUGUUCAGGAGCGUCGAUGGGUCAGACUCGGAGACGGAGGAGGAUGCACCCAAGAAGAAAGGUGAAAAGAAGAAGACCCAGAAGAAGACUAAGAAAAAGUCCAGCAGCAGCGCUUCGACAGAGAGCAACUCUGUUGAGUCGAUCUCUUCGUCAACAGAUCCUUGCUUGUGA